ACGUGGUGCCGCUGCAGGCCGAGCCCAGCCCGUUCCGGCGCGGCCGCAAGAAGCGCGUGCCCUACAGCAAGCCGCAGCUGAAGGAGCUGGAGCGCGAGUUCGCCGCCAGCCGCUUCAUCAGCAAGGAGAAGCGGCGGCGCAUCUCGGCGGCCACGAGCCUGUCGGAGCGGCAGGUCACCAUCUGGUUCCAGAACCGCCGCGUCAAGGAGAAGAAGGGCAGCGCCCGCGCCAGGCCAGCGCCCGCCACCUGAGCGGGAGAGCGGAGAAUUCGGGGCGAUUCGGGGCUCGGCG